AUGCCUACCCCAAGCACCUGCUGUCGUAAGAGUGGACAAGGCUGCGUGUGCGCAACGCAAGCCAAAUGCUCCUGUGGCCAGAAAUCCGCUCUGCACUGCACCUGUGGCAGAGCAGAGACUGAGAACACCGUCGCUGGACCCCGCUGCUCAUGCCGUGCGAGACCUGCUGGUGCUUGCACUUGCGAACGUGCGAGCACUGAGAAUUCGGUACCUGGUGGUGAUCUUUGCUCUUGUGGUGUUAGACCGGCUGAUGCGUGUACCUGCGAGAAAGCAUCUGACGGCGGUCUACUGCCCACCGAGACGGACUUCACUACCCGAGCAUAG